GGUUCAGUCUCCCUCUGCAAUGUUAGUUAAAAGCCAUGUCUGCACAAGGGCUCCAGAACCCCAGAGCGUAGCUUGUUCAGCGGCCGGAACCUUGCUCUAGACCUAAUAAACAUGUCUUCUCCGUCCCGUUUCACGCCUGUUUUGUGCCAGAAGCAGUUAGCCUCUUUACACGACUUCUUUUGGGGGCGGAGGGGAGGGUGGGAGUGUCUUAAGGCUGUGCCUCUACUCCAACCGUCUGACUUCAAAUAACACCAACAGCGCUUGGAUCUCAAGCCUCAAGAGUGGUCCCGCUUUGGGCUGAGCCUUUGGUGGUGUCACACCGCUGCGUCCUCGCAAAGACCUUGGAGAGUAACUUCCCACUUAACAGACCACGGCUCCAGGCCGGUGAAUCCCUCCUUACUCCCGAGGACUCCACCUCUCCAGGAACUGAUUGCCUUUGGUGACCUGUUUCUGUCCAGUGCUGGGUCUGCAGGAAGCCUCGCUAUGAAUGACCGAAGCAACCGUAGGCGGACAAUGAAGGACGAAGAGACCUUUGAGAUCCCCAUCCCCUUGGAAGAGGCACCCCACUUAGACUCACAGAUUUUCUACAGUCUGAGUCCCCCUCGGAGAAAUUUUGAGGAGCCUCCCGAGGCCACCUCCCCAGCCCUGGCCCUGAUGAACAGCGUUAAGGCCCAGCUGCACAUGGCCCUGGAGAGGAACUCGUGGUUGCAGAAGCGCAUUGAGGAUCUGGAGGAGGAGAGGGACUUUUUGCGGUGUCAGCUGGACAAGUUCAUUUCCUCAGCCCGGAUGGAUGCAGAGGAUCACUGCCGGAUGAAGCCUGGGCCACGGAGGGUUGAUGGGGACAGCCGGACUGGGGUUGGGGGAGAAGCCUCAGACCCCGAGUCAGCAGCCUCCUCCUUCAGCGGGGCAUCAGAGGAGGGCGGUGCCGGUGAAAGGAAGCGCCUGAAGCUGAAGGGAAGUUCUGGCCGGAGGCGAUUUGGGAAGCCCAAGGCUCGAGAGAGACAGCGGGCAGAGUCAAGCCUGUUUCCUCAUCAGAGGAGGCCUCCGGGCACACUCAUAGUGAAAGACGCCGAUGGGGUCCUCUGCCGCUACAAGAAGAUCCUGGGCACCUUCCAGAAGCUGAAGAGCAUGUCUCGAGCCUUCGAGCACCACCGUGUGGACCGGAACACGGUGGCGCUCACCACGCCCAUCGCGGAGCUGCUCAUCGUGGCUCCGGAAAAGCUGGCGGAGGUGGGAGAGUUCGACCCGUCCAAGGAGCGCCUGCUGGAGUACUCCCGCCGCUGCUUCCUGGCGCUGGACGACGAGACCCUCAAGAAGGUGCAGGCUCUCAAAAAGAGCAAGCUGCUUCUGCCCAUCACCUACCGCUUCAAGCGGUGAUGCCGCCGCCCCCGCCCCGCACGCCCGCUAGGCAGGGCUGGCCGGGGCACCGCCAGGGCCACCAGAUGCCGCCCUUCUCGCUCGCCCGCGCCGGGGCACGUCAUCGCCAUCCCACUCCGCCAGGGCGCCCGGCUCGGCCUCCCUAGGCCAGGAGCAGCCCAUCUGCAUCUUUCACCAAGACAGAGCAUUAUUCAGAGAGUUUAAAAUUAAAGAGACGUCGAACAUUUUCAAUAAA